AAACGUCAAACAAAACGUCAGUCGUCCAUCGCCAGCCAGAGUCGAAGUGGAUUUUGUUUGGAUCGGAUCGUUGUUAUGUUUCCAGUUUUCCGGUGAAAAUUCGUGCAAAAAUUGUGAAAAUCGUUCCGCGAAAUAAUGUGAAGUGCGGUUCCGGUGGUGAGGUAGCUAAAUCUAUCCGAUAAUUGAGUCGGCGUAGCUUCGAACGAACGCUCCAGCGCUUUUUGUCGGCGUGCAUUUCGAUUUUCCUCUUGCAGCUGCUGCUGUUUUUGGUUUACUGCUUCGGUUCAGCUGCUAGGAAGAUGUCCACCGAAGAAAAUGUGAAAUCGUUGAGGGAAAUAACCGGAUUGAAGCCGGAACAGGCAGCCAAUCUGUUGACGGCUUACAAUGGUAAUCUGGAGGGCGCUAUCAAUGCCUUUUUUGAGAAUCCGGAAGGAGUUUUGAAUCCAGAACCAUCGGUUGUAAUCAACGAUGAUGAAGAAGAGGAAGUACGGGCACCGAUUCCGAGAAAGACUGAAGUUUUGCUACCGGCCGAAGAUACAACCAGAGGGCGAUUGAAACGGCGAGGGGCCACAAUCACCGAAGUACCAUUUAGAAACUUUGAGCUCGAAGGGAAGCUACAAGAACAGAUGCUAAUGCAAGGGCAGGGUCCCUCCUCGAAGAAAAUUACCCGAUUGGAGGCUCUGUUCAUGCCGCCGUUCGAAAUACUUUUUUCAGGCAGUUUUGAUAUGGCUCAGAGGCAUGGAAAAAGCGUUGACAAAUGGAUUCUGGUCAAUUUGCAAGACGAUCUGAACUUCAGCUGUCAAACGUUGAACAGGGAUCUAUGGUCUGAUUCGCGAUUAAAAGAUUUCCUUAGAAACAAUCUAAUUUUCUGGCAGACGUCCAACAAGACGACAGAUGGAGCCAAGUUUAAAACAUUCUACAAAGUCAGCAGCGAACCAUAUAUUGGGAUGAUUGAUCCUCGAACCGGUGAAGAAGUGCGAACAUUUUCAGUUAGCGACGUAAAUCCGGUUAAAUUCCUAUCUUCGCUGAAGUCCUUUCUCACAGAAAAUAAAUCUCCCCAUGGAAAGGAGGUGAAAUUCGUAGAAUCCAGUUUUAUGCGUCCAUCGACUUCGCAGGCUUCUUCAAGUGGCGCAAAUGGUUCCAAAGCCCCCAGCUCCAGUAAAGCCAUUUGGAUUCCGGAUGAGGACGAGGAAGAGUUCCAGGAGAUUACUGAUAGCAGCGAUAGCGACUUGGAACCGGAUACUCCUACAUCAAAAUCUCCCUCGAAGCAGGCGACAAUCCCCACAGAAACGCCUAGCUCUCCGAUCCUCAGCUCAGAUGACGAGACAAACCUUCCGCCGGCGGAAAAAACUCGUAUCAUGCUCAAAAUGCCGGGCGACGUCACCGAGCGGUUGUUCUUCCGCAGUUCCCGAACCUUGGAUCACACGAAAGCGAAGCUAAUGAACAAAUUCACCAGCAAGUUUGCCGACCAGAAAGGGAAAUCGGUUCGGUUCUUCUGCCCGGCGGUCAAAACAGAUCUUGCGUCGCUCGACGGAAGUCAAACGCUGCUCGACUUGAAGAUCCACCCGAAUGCGGUCAUACACGUGACGGUAGAUGACUGAAUAUGUUACGCGUUCCGGUAUGGUGUUGAUCUUAUUAAUUCUAAUAUGUUUUAUCUCGUAAGACCAGUCGUCGCCGCAGUCUUUUCCGCUGAUGCAUGAAGGGCAAUGACUAGGAUUGAAUUUUAGUUUCUGAGAAGCCAAUAAAUUACUCAAACGUA